AUUUUACAUAUUAAAACAAAAAGAAAGGAUAAUCAAAGCUGUCAAACGACCAUUUACAUGAUUUCAGACCUCGUCAUCACCUCCAGUGUCAUUGGUUUUCUUGUUUACAUAUACAAUCAGCAAGAAAAACUUACAUAAUUUCCUCCAGCCAACUCUCCCUCUCUCUCUCUCUGAAAAUGUCUUAUGAACAUGAUCAUGGAGAUCACAUGGACAUGCCUCCUUACGGAACCAUGCCGAAUGGUGGCAUGAGCAACCACAUGAUGAUGCACAUGAGCUUCUACUGGGGCAAAGAUGCUAUAGUCCUAUUCUCCGGGUGGCCCAACCAAAACCUCGGCAUGUACGUGUUGGCUCUCUUCUUUGUCUUUUUGCUAGCCCUAGCUAUAGAGGUCUUGUCCAUCUUGCCGGCCGUGAAGCCGGGGACGAAACCGAUUAUGGGUGGGUUGGCUCAGGCCACCGUCUAUGCCUUUCGUAUGGGUUUAGCUUACUUAGUCAUGCUCUCCGUCAUGUCCUUCAACCUUGGAAUCUUCAUAGCCGCGGUGGCCGGUCAUGCCCUUGGGUUCUUCAUCAUCAAGACUCGUGCCAUUGCCAUAGCCAAACCUGCCGAGAACAUAUCCUCCACCAGUAUCAUGUCUAAAGUUUAAUUUCGGAUCAAGAGUUACUGUAUUCCGAAGGACGUGCAUGCAGGGUGUACUUUCACUUCUGUUUCCGUUCUUAUCAGUCUGUUUAUAUCGGUAACUUUCUUUGUUCUCUGUGAUCUGGUUCUCCUAUAUAUAUCUUGAUGAUUUAUCGGGAAAACGAUUUAGACAGAUUCCAACUCAAUUAAAAGUAUCUAAUAUUUCCGUGUAAAAAUAGAUUCCUGUGUAAGCAUUUGAAAAACUCAACUAAAAGUAUCUAUUUCUUCUUA